AGCACCUUCAACGUUCGCUUAGUGCUUUAUUCUAUUGUAAUUUUCUUUUGCUAUUUUCACCAACUAGGCACAUAUCGUGCCCACUAUAUUCCGUCUAAAAUUCAAUGCUUUUAACUUAUCUUGUUCUCCUCUCGGUUGUUCUAUCUGUACACGCAGUCACGGAGGCGCUGUCCAAGUUUCCGGUACCCCAUCGCCGGUAUGCCCAGUAUCAACCAUUUGGGAAGCGAGACGAGCUUCUUCCAUCACAGCUACCAGCAGGGUUGGCAACUGUACCUCUUCCAAAUAACAUGAAAGUCACUGUGUUAUUCACACAGUUUUCGAAUUAUGUUACUUAUACCAUAACUUUGGAUCCAAACGGCAUUCCAUUACCAGCCGACGGAUCCCUUUGUCUCUCGUGGGCUAUUGGCCUUCCUGGCCUAUACAUCGACUCAACGCAUCAAUGCAAUUUUCCCAACAGUCAGACUUGUCUCGGUGGAGUUCCCCUCAAUCCGUGUGCAACAGCGUACUCUCUAAAUCUUACUAGCAGUUGCAACCCCGUGGAAUAUUUAUCCGGUUCAAUGAAUUUGGCCGGGGCGACUUAUAGUGUACCCACCCCGCUUAUCAGCAUCAAUAGCACCAACCUACAAGUUUCCUCUGGAACAUCCAAUAAUCUUGCUGGAAGAUCGGUUCUUAUUGCUUAUUCACAUUAUACAAAUGGGACAGGGAGUGCCAUAGCGCAAGACUUGCGAUGUGCAGAUGUUUACUUGGGCAAUGGCACUGCGAAUAACUUCACAUAUUCUAAUACCAAUGGGCAAACUGGACCUUCAAACGGAACUAUUACUAUUACAACCAGUAGUACUGGUCAUCUGCUUCUAGACAUCUCUUACCUUAUAUCCGCUAUCCUAGCAUCUAUAUUAUUACUAUUUUCCGUAUAAACUGGAAUCAAAAAGUUUUUGAUUUGGAAGCGUUGGGC